AUGACAGUCACUUUGUACAGCGCUCCAGUCUCGCCAUACGGCAACAUUGCCGAGGUGGCUCUGCGGAUGCUCGGUAUUGAGUACAAAUACGUCCCUACUUCUCCCCAUGGAAAGGAACCGGACUUCCAGAGAGCUUCUCCGUUAGGUCGGUUGCCAGCGGUUGACGACAACGGCUUUACUAUCUCCGAUUCCGACGCGGUGGCUACUUAUUUCGACUGGAAAGUUAACAACAACGGCCCCCAGAGUCUCUAUGGUGGGGACCCCGAAACAAGAUCGAAGGUUAUUUUCAUUUCAAAAUACGCGCAGACGGACGGUCGCAUCAUCUCCGUGGGGGUAAUGGGUCUCAUGCUGCGCGGAAUCACCGACAAGCCGACCGUGGACAAAGCCAUUGCAAAAGCUCAGGCGGUUCUGAAGGUUCUCGACAGGCUGGUGCAAGACAAUGGCCACUUCGUCGGGUCCACCUAUACCAUGGCGGACAUUGCGGUUUUCUGCCAGGUCCUCUCUUUUAUCACGGGCGGGGGCUCAAUUGAUGCGUAUCCGCGUCUCAGUGCGUUCUACAACAAGGCUCGGGAAACAAGCGUGUUCAAGGAAACGCAUGACAGGUCGCUCGCAAGCAUGAAAAAGAUCACUGCAGCAAUGGCACGUAAGAAGAACCGACUUUAA